AAGAUGUAUUUUUAGUGCCUCUGGCCUCAAGCAAUUUAAUCGAUCCUUUGUUUACCCGAUAAAUGACAUUUAUCUGGCGCGACAUCAAAACCGCACGAGUCGAUAUUCUGCUGUGGAGACCAAACGAUAAAGAAGGAUCGAUAGCCACCAGAAAUUAUACGUGAUCAGAAUGGCUCAUAUAGAAAAUCACCACCACGACUCACCUGAAAUGAGCUUAAAGUGCUCCUUUCUAAGCUCCAUGAAUUUGUAUUUGCUAUUGGUAGGAGCUUUUGGCUUUUUCCUGAAUAUUUUUCCAUGUGUGGUGUGCUACGCGAAGCUUCGGACACGAUGCGGUCGAACGAGCAGAGACGUUUUGUUGAUGUCACUGAUUUUAGUGGACUUUUUAACUGUUUGUAUACCAGUGCCGAUAUACCUCUUGCUGUACAACAACUGCCCUAGAAGUCAGCGGUCAAACCACGUUGAAAGACCGGCGAUUUGCGAGAUAUUUCACCUGAUGUUUAUGUGGUUCAAGUUGGCAUCGCUGUUUAUAAUUACAACGCUCAACUACACCUCCUACUUAGCCAUGACUGCGCGAGGAAUCUAUCGAAGUAUAGGCGACAGAAUCUCGUCAUCUUUAGCCUGCUCGAGGCACGAGCAAAAACACAGGGAAAAUUUGCGAAACUCGUCCCUCGUUAUUGCUAAUUUAGUUGUAGGCAUAGCCAUUGUGGCCUUGUUAAUUGCCUCGUUGCCUUACAUCGGCCUGGGUCCGGAAGGGAAAACACUGACGACGCAAUUGCACAGUUCUAAAACUUUACCUAAAGAAAACAUAACGAUUUUAUUUUGUUCCCUGGAGCAAAUAAGCUAUCCAAGACAGAGCUCUGAUUAUACGUUUUUAUUCGCUCUGUUGAUGAGCAGCAGUGCCUGUUUAUUACUGCAGAUUGUCCACAAUGUUCUAGGUUGUUUUAAUUGUUCGGGUUACUCUCUGGGCGGUAAUUCUGCGAUACACACGUCCAAGUCUUUUGUCCUGUACAGUCGAAGACUCGGAGCCGAGAGAGACUUUGCUAAGAUGAUAUGUGUGCUGGGUCUGACAUUUCACGUGACCUGGAUUCCUGUAAUGGUUGCUGUCGGGUGCAUUAUGUCCGGUCAUCAGAUCAGCGCUGAAUUCUCCCAAUAUGUUAUAGCAGCAUCGUUUUUGUCACCUAGUCUCAACCCUGUUUUCUUCGCCGUGUUUCUUCAGGAGUUUAGAGACGGUUACAUGGCAGUAUUCCAAUUUAUUCGUGAUAAGAUUUUCAGCCUUUGCAAAGACUGUCUCAAGUUACGAAGUAAGCCGGCAGAGGUGAUCACAACUUCAGUGACAUCAUCCGGCAUUUCUGCGGGAAAGGGCGAGCAGGUUUAAAGCUGUUAAAUGUCCUGUCACAGUUCGACCGAUGAUAUUGAUAAUAGUCCACAUUUAAGGAUUGUUUACAGCCUGUGUGUACUCGCCUGCGCUCGAUUUAGUUGUUCCCGGACUUAACAUCAAGGAAUCAUUCGUUUUGCUCUAGGAACAAACUAAGAAGUCUGAAACAGAUUGGCUGACCUCUGUAUUUGUUCCAUUAUCAUUCAAGGCAUAAAACUGUAGUCAAGGAAAGUCUUGAAAAAGAACUCAUGUAGUUAGUUACAUUUUUCAUUCUUUGGUCCGUUCUACAUCCCAUCUGAAAGAAUAAAACUGAUUUCCCCGGUGUUAUGAUAAAUUUUUAGAUAGAUUAAGUUAGUUUUGUUUGCCUGAGUUAUGGCUCCUCAAGGGAAUUAAGAAUUUUUCAGUUACAAAAAAUAAAGACAUUAAAUAUGGUUUGGCCA